AAAGUGCAUGUCAAAAGUUGCAUGGCCACACCAGACACCAGGGCCACACCUUACGUCGAAAUCUACGUCACGUAGAAUUCAAAAGCGCCACUUACUUCCGCGUUCUUCGCAUAGCAACAGGAGGAAAGCGAAGAUGGCGGAUCAUGGGGAUCCGGUAAAAUAACGUGUCCAAAGUAGUAACAAGCAACGGUCUCUUGAAAAACUAAGUUAUUGGAAUAUCCUUUUCGAAAGACUUAGUCCCUCUGGGACAGCGGCCUCUGCCAUGGCGUCAACUAACGUCCGAAUCGGUCAACAGGCCUUGGCCGUACUGGAUGUGGCACUCCGCGUACCGUGCAUCUUUAUUAUCGACGCCAUUUUUAAUUCUUACCAUGAUCCUGGGACUGGAUGGGCCGGGACAGCUGGGAGGGUUUUAAUAAGAGUUUUUGGUAUUUUGGUAUCCAGCGUGGUGCUGGUCCUCUCCCAGAAGGCCCUGUUCAAGUUUUAUACACUGUUCUUCGCCGUGAUGCUGGGCGCUGUGGCUGUCAUGAUCAACUACUAUGCCACGUCACACAUAGACUUCUACAGUGCCUACUACAAAGCGGCAUUGGGCUUCCAGCUGCUUCCACGCAACGGCCCCACACUCUGGCUGGGUAUGGCGGUUGUGCAGCUGCUCUUCGGCCUGGGCUACGUGGUGCUGCUCAACGUCCAGUCCACGUUUGCAGUGCUGGUAUUCCUGGACAUCAUGAUCCCGCUGUGGGGUCUGAUUAUCGAGCUGCCGGUGGACGUGCGGCAGCUGGUGGCCGUGGCCUCGGGCUUCGUGCUGGCGCUCAACACGGCUGCCUGCUUGCUGCUCAAGCUCAAGUGGUUCUACUACUCGUGCCGCUACGUUUACCUGCUUCUGUGCCACAUGUACCGCAUCUACGGCGUGCAACUGCUGCUGGAGGACACCUAUAAGCGCAUCCGCUUCCCGGACGUAUUGCGGGUCUUCUGGCUGACGCGCAUAACCGCCCAGGCGGUCAUCCUGGUCUACGUGGUGAAGGUGGUGCGCCACGAGAGUGGCCAACAGGCCACGCUGACAUGGGAUGUGUGCUGGGACCUCUUCAGCAACCUGAUCAUCAGCGGCUGUGACUCCACACUCACCGUGCUGGGCAUGAGCGCCGUCAUCUCCUCGAUGGCACACUACCUGGGCCUGAGCAUCCUGGCCUUCAUCGGCUCCACCGAGGAGGAGGACAAGCGGCUGGGCUUCGUGGCGCCCGUGCUCUUCUUCUUCCUGUCGCUGCAGACGGGCCUGAGCGGCCUGGACCCCGAGGAGCGCCUGGUGCGGCUCAGCCGCAACAUGUGCCUGCUGCUGACGGCCAUCCUGCACUUCAUCCACGGCAUGACGGACCCCGUGCUCAUGUCGCUCAGCGCCUCGCACGUACUGUCCGUGCGACGCCAUCUGCCCGUCCUGCUGGUAUCCCUGGCGCUCUUUGUGCUGCCGGUGGCCCUCAGCUAUGCCCUUUGGCACCACUACGCCCUGAACACGUGGCUGUUCGCCGUGACAGCCUUCUGUGUGGAGCUGUGCCUCAAGGUGGUGGUGUCGCUGACUGUGUACACGCUCUUCAUGGUGGACGGCUAUCACAAUGUCCUGUGGCAGCGGCUGGACGACUACGUCUACUACGUGCGGUCCACGGGCAACGUCAUUGAGUUCAUCUUUGGCGUCAUCAUGUUCGGCAACGGCGCCUAUACCAUGAUGUUCGAGUCGGGGAGCAAGAUCCGCGCCUGCAUGAUGUGCUUGCACGCCUACUUCAACAUCUAUGCAGUGGUGGAGGGGAAGUGUUCCAGAAACAGAAAGGUCUUGAGAUGAGAUUUGUAGAAAGAUUGGGAGGAGCAGUCACGGAGGGGUAAUAAUAUUAUAUUCCUUGGCAGGCAUUAAAAACAAAAAGAAUACAUUUAAACCUGACUUUA